UCUAAGAAGCGCUGGCAGUCAUGGCUGCAACAGGGGACAAUUUGCUUUCCGUUGAGCAUCUUACCAUCAUGGAGCAAAAUACUUUCACCAAACAAAGGGAGCUCUUUCUAAAGAAGAGAGGGGUGCAACUUCGGCAGCAUCUGCGGGAGUUGAAGGAGAGAGAGCGGAAAGCCCGGCAGCACAACAGGCAGCUGCUGCUGCAGUUUGAGAGAGCCCAGGACACGCUGCGGGACAUGCUGGCCCGCAACGCUGCCAUGAAAACUAUACGGAUGGAGUAUGAGCGGUACCUGAAGGAAAACUCCCCCCGCUGGCAGCAGCAACUCCAGGAGAAAACACAGGCCUCCCAGAAGAAGAGGAUGGAAGACUGUUUGAAGUCAUAUCUACAACACCAUAAAGAUCCAGUGCCAACAGCAACAGUCGAUGAUCCUCUGAUUUCACAAGAUGCUUACCUAAGGUCUCCAAAAUAUGAUGCUCCUCAGAUGAAUCCCAUGGUUGAUAGCUCUGCUUACGGCCCAGAUGAUUCCUCCCUUCAUCCUCAUCUAGAGUCCUCCUGGCUGACACAGCCAGGGUUCCUCAGAGCACCUUUUCAACCCCAGAGUUCCCCACUGUUCCCCCCAAUCAACUUCCCGUAUUCUCACCCACUUCUGCCGCAACAUCUCACCUCGCCACUUGCUGAUCAUCAGCCAUGGACCGGGCCUGAAGCUGCAGGCCGGGCUCCUCCACGGUACAGUGACCCCUGUGCUGAUGGGACUCCUCGACGAUCUUCAGGCCAGCUCCACUCAGAGGAACCUUCAGCGUCAACGGUUUGUCCAGUUUUGGAGCGGGAACAUGAGCCGAGCACAGUGAUUUCAAAGAGGGUGAGAGGUGGUGGAGGCGGGAGAUGUUUGUCCCCUGAGCUCGACGUUAAACCGGUGCGUCUCUCCGGCGGACAUGCAGAAAGCAGCGAGAGCGGCAGGGCUUCCAGUUUGACCAGCAGAGAAAAGAAGAGGAGAGAGAAGAAAGGAAGAACGAAGGCUUCAUCCUCCGAGUCAGAAAAAUGUGGUUCUGAGAAGUUGUCCAGUAAACUCGUCGCUGCCUCGUGCGCGGUCGCCCUGGGCUCAGAGACAAACAGCUCCGCCGAGGAAGGAGGCCCAACAAGCAGGAGGAGGACAAAGCGAGGCGUGGGGCUUAACGUUGGGUCCCCACCCUCCAAGAAGGAGGUAGAGGAGCCUAACAGGAGUGAAGACGAGAAGGCUGACAGCUUGAGUGAACAAGCGAAGAGUCCAGGUCCAGACAAUGGAUCAGAGAGCUGCAGAGGAGAGGAGGGAUCAGACAGCGAUGUAAUGAAAAGUCAAACUAGGGAUGAGGAGACAGAUGAUGAGGAAGACCACAGCUCCGAGCAAAGCGUCGCAGAAGAAAGGGAUGAGGAAGAGGGAAAGAAAAAGACAGGAUCCGGAGAUGAAAAACGGGGGAACAAGGCGAAAAGUGAAGAAGACAGUAAUGUGGAGGAAGACGAGGAGGAGAGCAGCGAUGAUGUUCCUCCCAGUAGGAACGGAAAAGAGCUGGAAGCAGAGGACAGGGUGGAGGACGAGGAGGAGGAAGACGAAGAGCGGUCAGACAAGCUGGAGAACGAGGACGGGGAGAACAGGAAUGAGGAUGCUGCCUCCUCACAGGAGGAGGAGGAGGAGAGCGAAGGUAGGGAGAAGACAGGAGAGGAGCAGGAGGGCUCAAACCAAGAUGAAGACCAGCUGGGGAGCGAUGAAGCAGGAGACUCAGAGGACAGCAUCAUCUCUCCACAGGAAAACAGGUCCAAACAGAUGAAGAACAAUCCGGAGGAAGCAGCCGAAGACGAGGAAGAGGAGAGUGACGCUGAGUCGUCAAACAAUAACUCUAAAGAGUCAAGCGACGAAGAAGACAUCGAGAAUCUCCUCGCACCUCAGGAGCCAACAAACAAAAAAGAAAAUGCUGUUAAAUCUCCGGGGAAGCCCAAAGCUUCAGCGGCGUGUCUCGACUUGGGCAUCUUCCAAGUGACGGAGCACACAGCCAAGACGGACCAUCAAAGUGACUCGGAUGAGUUUGACCACUUUUACGACUGAACGGGACGACAAUGCAAGUUUCUCAGAGCUCAGACAUCUGAUGACCUUCGCCGGGUUGGACGACACCGACAGGAGCGUGAAACAAAGCCCGGCAGAGAG